AAUAGACUCAACUUCCGCACAUAACAAAUUAUCAUGACGGUAAACAUGGCUGAACGGAAUAUCUCGAAGGAGAUGGAGCAUCUUGCUCUCGCACCUGCCCCGAAAAGGAAGAUCACUCUCGAUUCUGACAUAUGGUACAUGGUGUUCGCUCUGCUUGUACAAGACUAUAUGUUUUGGAUCACCACUUCUGACAACGAAAUGUAUGAUACAUUGGAUUUCUACUCUAGUGACGAUGAUAGCUUCGACACCCCAAAAAGAGAUCCCCUCAAGGGCUGGCUCCAUGAUACUCGAUUGGUCUCUCACCAGUUCGAUGCUGUCUUAAAGCGCUUUGCGUAUUAUUAUACCGACCUCUCCCAAGCCUCGUUCAUACACCGGUUGACUUAUGUCACUGCGCCACCGUGCAAUGCUGUGAAGGAAAACAUUCGUCGGAACGCCAAACUACUUGAACUUUCUCCCUGUCAAUCAGACAACGUGCGUACUACUACCGUCGAUUUGUUGAGUACGAGUCGAUACCUUGAACGAGUUGUAUGGCAGGAUGGUGGAUCUGGCCGUUGUCUGAACUGGGGAAUCCAUGUCGGCCAAUCGAUAUCUGAAUAUCUCAAUGCGUUCUUACAUAACAGAAAGAGAGACAAUCCCCUGCGCAGAUGUCGUAUGACGAUUGCAAAGAGCGAAUUUCUUAUUGAAGUCAUCACCAACCAACAAAACAUCCCUGAAGCACACUAUCCGCGUUACCAAGACGCUACGCUGGGAAAAGAUCGCGCUGAUCACCGAAUGAUUUCAACAAAGAACAGUGCGGCACAAAUCCUCGAUGUCUUCGAGAUCCACAGCUAUUGGAAACACACUUGCUUAUCCGCUUCCAUGUGCCAAAAAACUCCCACCAAUGCGCAAGUUGGUUUUACAGAAAAGGUGGAUACGAUUGAGAUCCUGAAGAUCAUCAUACCGCUUCGAUCAAGAAACUAUGAAAAGGUCGUCCAAACUGUCGAAACCUUCCGAGACUUUGUUGUCUCUCAAAGAGGUCUGAAAGUACUCAGCUUGGAGUGCCCAUGGCCAGCAGAUCUAGUCACAGUUGACGUGCUUCAACAAAUCGGUGAUCGCCUUGACAAGCUCCACUUGUACAGUGGUGACUAUCAAAACUUUCAGCAAAACUUGGUUUCCAAGUCUUGCAUUGACGAGAUAGGUCUUCAUUGUAAAAGUCUCCUCGAGCUAGGCCUCACCUACACGAGCGAACUCUACAACAACACUGAGUUUUUAAACGCGAUUGCACGACUAAAGAACGUGGAGGAGGUCAGUUUCCGCGUUUACGGAAAAAUUGAUUGGAAAGGAGAAACUCCACUCGGAUUAUCCACUGAUGAAGAUUACGACAACGCACGUCGUAUCAUGUUUUAUCUUCACUCAAUGAAUCACAGCAAAAGACCGAGCAAGAUUUCGAUUAUGCAAUACUGGCCACCAAUGCCGCCCCACUGGCAGCCGGAGAACUUGCAUGAGCUUGGUUCCGAUGCUCGCGUGGCGGAGUUGAUGAGCAAUCCCCGGGAAUUCGAGAGCUGCUGUGAUUCAAUCUGGUAUAUUCGGCAUAAGAAGCGAAACUAUUACUCUCAUACAAAUGAUACAGGAACCUACGAGCAGUGGGGAAGCAAAAGAUAUCAGGGGCCUCCGAAAAAGAUAGGUUUUGAGACUGAAGAUACUGAUGGUGGACCAGAAGCUGAAGGAGGCAAUUGA